AUGAAGCGCAAAGCCGAGCACCGGCUCAGCUCGAGCAGCAGCUCCGAGCGCUCGUCCUCGCCAUCAUGCGCCGACAACCCGGGCACGACCGUCGCCAACAAUGCCGCCUCCUCGAAGCCCGUCAGUCGCCGCGGGCACUCCAAGUCGCGCCUGGGAUGCCUCAACUGCAAGCGGCGCCGGGUCAAGUGCAACGAGCAACGGCCGGCCUGCUCGCCCUGUCGACGACUCGGCCUGCUGUGCGACUACGCCACCGCGCCGGGAACGAUCCAAGCGGCCCCGUCUCCCCUCUGCUUGGAGGAUCUCCGAUUCUACUACCAGUUCCUCAAUACGGCGUUCCCCUCACUGCCGCUGCGCGCGGAGCACACGUGGAAAAAAUGCGCCGCCAUGUCGCACCAAUCGGAAUGUCUUGCGCACGCCGCCCUCGGUCUGGGCGCACUGCAUCUCACAAAGCAUGGCAACGUAGACUACUCGUCGCAGGCCCUCACCCACCGCGUAUCGGCCCUCAAGAUGGUCCAUGAGCAGUUUGCCAAGCCACCAAAUGACCAAGACAAUGCAGACUCUCUAUUCGCCGCACUCAUCUGCCUGGCCGCCCAGACUACGCUGCUACCCGACGGCAUCGCAGAAUACAUGACCAUAACGAGAGCCGGCGCGCUGGUCUGGGCCUUUGUCAUCCCCGCACACGGUUCCUCGGUCUUCAAGUCUUUCACCAACGAGAGUCACACCGAGAAUCUGUCCAAAAUCGUGAGCGAGGAGCCCAAGGACUUUGACCUAGUCGACGAGUUUCUCGGGUCCGUCAACAAAGUCAAGGAGCUUUGUACAGGCGCUCGAGAGCUUUAUUAUUGCCAGCGGGUGGUUGAUGCCAUCCAAGGCUUACGUGUAUCCUCGCUCCAGGCCUGGCUGGGGCAUGCAGACCUGUGGCGAGCCCACUGCUACUUCACAAACGACGACUUCCAGGCUUUCAUUGAUCCAGAGAACCAUCCGGCGAGGCUGCUCAUCUCUCACAUGUUUAUGGCCGACUAUCUUCUCGGACAGUUCUGUCUCAGUAACUCGGAGCAGUUCAAAUUCACUGCGCGACGAGAAGUCAUCAUCUCCUGGGUCAGAAAUACAGUUCGCCAGCUGCCAGACGCAAUCAAACCGUAUGGAGAAUGGCUGAACGGCUAUUGCGAUGUUGUCGAGCAGAGCGAUGGGCGCUAUCUGCUCACACCUUGA